AUUGCAAUACGGGCAUACUGCGACCAGUUAGUGAAUAUUUAUUUGCAAGGAAAACUUAUUUAAACCCGAAUAAAAUGGCUUUCCGCAUACCCUUUGGCAAGAAGCACGCUGAAAUCGCGUCAGCCUUCGUCAGCUCCGGCGCAGGAUUCGGAGGUGCCGCUGGCCUGGCCCUGCUCUACUACACCGACUGGAAAUUGGUGCUUCAGUACAUGCCCAUCUAUGGUUCCAAGUUCGACAAGAGCGAAUAAUCUGAUGUUUAAACUAGAUUAACAAAAUAUGUUUAAAUGAUGGUGAAUAAAAUAAGUUGAAUCCAA